AUUACGUGAACCUCCAAUUCGUUUGUUUCAACAUUUUUAUCUGAUAAUCAAAUCUGCUCAAAUCAAUCAUUGCUCAGGCGGAAGACCAUAUCUUCUCGCAAAAUCUAUUCAUUGUCUACAGUCUUUAAAAAUAAGCAUCUUUCGAUAAAAAGUAUUGCAAUUGUGGACUUAUGAUUACUUAUUAUUUUGGCAUCGGAAUUCUAGGAGCAUUUCUAGUUACAGCCGGAAGUGCCCCGUCAAAUCUCCAACUCAUCAGCGAAGACUUCCGUAUCCUAUCUCGUGUGACCAAUGCGAUUUCCCUCCAAGCAGGUGCUAUCAGGAAGAAUAUCAAAGUUCGUGAUCUACUGGUAGAGCUGAUUCGGAUGCCAAGAGACCAGUUCAACAACAUCAUAGAUGUCGACAUCAAAGUGGCACGUACGGAGUUGAAUAGAAUGGGUGAAGAAUUCGAGAAGUUGUCUCUAUUGCUUCAAAAUGAUACGAAUAGUCUGGUUGGUGAUAACAUGACCGAUUUGAAAAACAAUUUGAAGUUUCUAUCACUCUUUUCUCAACAAACGUCUACCUUCUUGGAUGCCAUCAAGUACCCUAUCAAGAACCUAAUGAACAAUCUAACGACAAUAAUUGCAAACAACUCGAUGUUCAGGAGUAGUUGCUCACAAGUGGAUACGGAUAAUUUCAAAAGUUUUUGGGACUCUAUCAACAACGAAUUGUCGGAAUACGCCACAAAUGAUUUCCCGGGCUUCGCUGAUACAUUUGUCGCUAACAAACCAAAUUUUUCCGACUGCCUAAACUAUUUCCCACAGUUGCAGGCUGAGCUUGAUGCUUUACCGAUAUGGGGUGGACUUGAAAUGAUUAGAAAAUGGGAAGAUAUUAUACGGUUGGUUGCAAAAUUUGAUGCAUUAAGCGACUCAUUGCGAGCUACAAAUGCAACGCUUUUCCGGGUUCUUUCAAGUCUGAAAGCGACAAAAUCUUUAUGGAAGAGUGUACAUCCUAAUUACCAUGCCCAGGUUAUGACUCAACUCAACCGUUCUCUGUUUGAAAUCAUUAAACAUCACAUUGCGCCAACAAAACCAGUUCUAAAAUACAGUGCGGGCUUCAGAAGCUCAAGAGAUUUCUCUAAAAUCUCCAAGGAUUUGAGUAGCCCUUGGUUCAGAAGAAAUAUUGCUAAAGAAUCGAAAACAAAGGACCUGAACCAUGCACUAAAGAUAUUCCAUGACAUUUCGGAAGCCGUCACUUCACUCGAUACUUCUUGGCACAAUUUCACUGCUCUCACCUUGGAUUUUGAGUCCUCAGAAGUUGCAAAAGCAGGACCUAUUCUUGACGUUAUUUCGAAAAUGUCCCUUAACUUUGCAAAUUAUGAGUCAAUUAUUCAAAACGCGAGUAACAAAUUAUCGGAGUGCUUUUCGAAUUUUUCUGUUACUUCUUUGGAGACACCCAACUCUUCCCUUCAGGAAAUGAUUCAAGACUUUCAACAAGCUAUAUCACCAGCUACAAAUUAUAUGAAAUAUUUGGCCCAAAUCAGAAAACAGGUCUCGUAUAUCAAUAUAAACUCAAUCUUAACCAUACGCCCCAACCGCACCAUAAAAUCGUUUUUUGACGAAUACUACAAGAAGCUAAGCAAUGAAAUCGAAAAACAAAAAGUGAACAAAACCAAUUCGUUGAGGGUGAAGACUCGUCUCAAAAUCAUCAUUGAUCAGAUAGAUAAAAGGGAGGUUGAUUUUCACAACUUCAUGACACAUCUUUCACAAAACUUAAAAAAUAUUAAAGUGAUCACAAAUAAAUCUUUACCAAACGACACUAAAAUAGACAAACUGCUUGUCGAAAUGUUGGACACGUCACAAUUGAGGGGAAUAUCGAAAUGUUUGAGUCAAGAGUUCAUGCAACCGCUUCGAGUAUUGGAGGUAAUUGAAGCAAUGAUUACUGUUCGACAGUUUGCUGGAAAUAAGACGGUGCUGAAAAUGAACCAGUACCUCGAUGAGCUAGCCAAGGUUAAGAACCAACUUUGGAAAGUGGAAAAACAAAUCAAGUUGAUCACAUCUCAGUCGAAUUCCAGUCACAAUCUUGUUCUGAAAUUGAAGACCCCUGAACUUUUUACUGCGAGUCUCGGAACAUGUGCGCACGUGUUAGAAGAUCUUGAAGAAGCACGACAAAAUCACCAGCUUCUUUCGAAUUACCCAGAUUUCCCUGUACAAGUUUUGAAGACAAUUUCGGGAAUGGGACUCCGUGAAUGGCUGGAUCCGGAGCAAAAACUCCAAGUAAUGCUCCAAAAGAUUGAUGCUCUUGAUGCAAAAUCAAAGAUGUUGAGGAAAAAUGGGAAUUUAUCAGAGAUGGUCAAAGUGUUCGAUGAUGCCUCAAAAAUCAAUGGUAUCCGUGGAGAUCCUAAGGAUUUAUAUAGACUAUUCAGAUUAUUGAAGAAGUCUAGCAAGCUGGAGAAGCAAGAAGCUGCAAAGUAUUUCGAGUCUAUAAAAAACUUGGAUCUAGAUUUCGCACGGCACGAGGCUAUACUCAAAGGAGCUGAAAUCACAAUUUCUUCCUUGAUGACCUAUUUUGAUGAGAUAUUUGGCAACAAGAAGCUUGAUAUCGUUACAAUUGCGGUUGAUAAUCAACUUUCUUGGAUAUACAUCAUUAUUAUUUGCAUUGGUGUGAUGAUAUUGAUUGGUCUCAUUUGUAUUGUUGCCUACGGGUUUACUCAAAAUGGAAGGUCAAAGUAUACAAAUUUGUAUUUAUAUUAUGUUGGAAAACCAGUUCAUUAUGAGAACAGGUGGAGAUAUUCUCUUUUCCUUGACAAUCAGGAUGGAAAGAACACCUUGUUGGAUGCAGUACGGGAAAUUAACAAAACAAAUGCGGUGAAUGCUGUAAAGGCAGGAUCCUACAUAAAUGCAUUUAACAAGUUCGGAAAUACCGCUCUGCACACUGCAACCAAGUCCGCUCUACCUGAAAUUGUAAAGCUUCUCAUUAAAAAUGGAGCUGAUCGGGAACUGCUGAAUACGAUGAAUCGAACUCCGGAGCAGAUGAUCCCACUCGUAUAUAAAGACAUUCCAAAGGACAAGGUUGAAAAUUUUGACAAGAUUCGAGCAUUGUACAAAAAAGCAAAUGGGAAGAAGCACAAAAUGAAUGUUCCACAGAAGUUUCCAACCACAUCAUUUCAUAUUUGGAUAGACGAAAGAACCGACAUCAACAUAACCAACCAAUUUAUGGAGAAGUUUCAAGCUAUUACAUCUGAUGAAGCUAAUUCAAACACUACACAUGUCAUUGUGAAGACAGAUGAGAACGGAGCUCUGGAAACUGAUAGUCUCGAUCUACUACUUUGGGUAUUCAAUGGUGCGAUUAUUGUCAAAGAACAGUGGAUGGUGGAUUGUUUGGAAAAUGAGACAGUUAUCGAACAGGAUUCAAAAUAUUUGGUGGAAAAAGUUAAAUACAAGGGAUCAUAUUACAAUACAGUUCUUCAAUGGAGUGAAGCCAUGGCAAAAGGAGCCAUUCCAUAUUUGUAUGGAGUAUACUCAGCGGUUGUCAUGGUGGAAUGCAAGAAUUUGCUGAAAUUGAAUUCACUUGUCGCAAUCCACGGUGGUGUCAUGAUGGAAGUUUUUCCAAGAAAGGAGCUCUUCAAUGUUGGAUCUCACCCAUACAACCAUGCAAAUCUUGGACCUUUGUUUUUGAUUCACGAUGGAAAGAUAAACUUGAGCGUCUACAAAUCUGAUCCGGACAAGAUGUACACACUGUUCACUGAAGAAGAAUUCAUAAAGUUUAUGCUCAAACGAGAUAUUGUCAAAGAUAUUAGUGAAACUCCGAUUAGUGUUCUGAAAGAUGAGAAAUAAAGAUUCUUUAUUGAUA